AUGGGCUACACGGAUACGCUGGGAGCAGACACUGACGAAGACGACGAUGAAUCGUUGGAUUUAGAUUUUGAGAGUGACUCCGACGUGGUUGACGAUCUAGACGAUCAAAGCUUCUCACCGGAUUGUGGUUCGGACGUUAACGACUCAAGUGAUACCUCUAGCUUCGGAAACGAUGUAACACGGAGUACUUUUCUGGAAUAUGAUUCCAAAAUGGACAACUUCAAUCCCAGUUCUGGGGACGGCACAUAUGACAGUGACGGCAUACCAAAAUUGCAGUAUAAUUGUCUAACCACGGAUCAAAUAUAUGGCUUGAUGGUGGCGAGACUGGAUCGAAUACAGCCCAUUUUUCAGCUGUCGCACGGAGACAUCAUUGUGAUGCUUCAGAAAUACGCCUGGAGCGAAGAAAGGCUGCUGGAAGACUGGACUGAAGAUCAAGAAAAUGUGCUUAUUGCGUGCGGCUUGAAAGUGGAAAAAGUGUUGGAUGGACCUCGAGGCAUUCAAACUCACUCUGAUUUUCUUUGUCACAUUUGUUGCGAGUCCAAUAAGCAAAAAACAUUCCGUUUGGAGUGCGGCCAUGAGUACUGUGUAGAGUGCUACGAACAUUACAUCAAAGACAAAGUACCCGAAGGCAAAAUCAUAACAUGUAUGAGCUGCUCACUGGCUUUGAAGAAUUCUGACAUAGACGAUAUUCUCGGCGAUAGUUCGAGUUUGACGCUAAUGAAAUCCUCUAUCAAAGGCUUCAUUCAGAAACAUAGUAAGCAUUACAGAUGGUGUCCGUUUGUGGAUUGUAACUGCAUCAUCCAAAUUAGUAAUAUAUCUUCUCUGGCGGAAUUCCCGCGUUUGCACUUGUCGCCUUACGUGGUGUGCGAAAAUCAGCACCGGUUCUGUUUUAAAUGCGGCCUUGAGGUUCACGCUCCUGGUGAUUGUCAUGUAGCAGAGCAAUGGGUCAAGCUAGCACAGUUGGAGUGUGCAAAUCUUAAUUGGGUUCUCAAAAACACCAAAGAAUGUCCGAAGUGUGGUGUUAACAUCGAAAAAAAUGGGGGGUGUAACCAUAUGACUUGUCAAAGCUGUGGAUACCAAUUUUGUUGGAUCUGUGAGCAAUGCUGGACUGGUCAUGGGGGUGGAUUUUAUGAAUGCACUCAUUUCAAAAAGGACGACAAACAGGGUUCAGCGGAUACUAAAAACUCUUUGAGAAAAUACACUUUCUACUAUAAGCUUUUCAGUGAGCAUGAAAAUUCUGUAAAGCUGGAUUGGACUUUGGGCUUGACCGUUGAGCAAAAGGUGAAAGCGCUACAAGAAAAUAUGGGCAUUUCCUGGAUCGAAACCCAAUUUUUAUCGGAAAGCAUUAGAGCCCUGAUCGAUGGAAGAACAGUUUUGAAAUGGUCUUUUCCAGUGGCAUAUUACGCAGAUCCCUCCCACAACCUGACCAAGAUUUUUGUUGAUAAUCAGGCUUUAUUGGUCAGUGCCGUAGAGGAUCUGUCAAAGCUAUUACAGAUCAAAGAGCCACAAAAUAUCAUCGAUAAGAAACUCGAAUUUUAUAACCGAGCCCGUUUUGUUCAAACUCGGGGCAAAGCAUUAGCUGGUUGUGGGCGGGAUCUUUUGUGCAAAGGAAUAUGCGUACCUUUCAAAUAA